AUGGAACUGCUGUUCAUGCUAAUCAUUCAGCUUGUCAUUAAUCUACAGAGAGGUGCUGAAGGUGUUGACAAAGGCACAGAUAUUGCGUUGCGUAAUCAGAACAAUGAAGAAUUUGUGUCAAAAGAAAUCCAGACCACUACUAAAGAUGAAUGCAAAAAAUCUCCAAAGUAUCUCAAUUGUUACCUGAAUAUCACUUUGGAAGGAAACAUUUGCUAUUGCAGCUUUGAAGCUGGUGAGGAUGCAAAAAAUGCAACAUAUUUUCUGCAUUUCUGCAACCAUCGAAUAAAUCCUACAUGUAGAAAAUUUCCUGUGAGGUCGGAGAUGUAUGUUAUGAUAGGUGAAGAUAGCAUACAUAUAAUGGAACUGAUUUCCCUAUGGGUGGAGGCAUCUGAAAAUAAGCAAGUCUACAGAUCUUCCAAUCUUACUGUAAAGCUGGAUGAACUAGUGAAAUUGAACCCACCACAACAAAAAAUUAGUUGUAUUAGGAAGGAUGGAUAUUUGAAGAUUAUGUGGGAAAGAGAUGGUCACCUUUUUAUAAAUCAAGAAUUUUGUAAAGAAGUCCAGUACAAGACAAUGACACACUCAGACUGGAAACAGCUGCAGUAUUUCAUGGGAAAGUAUUUGCUUCCUAUGGAUACAUCUCAAUUUUUAGCAUUAUACAAUGAAGAGUUAUGCAAUGAAGAGGCUCACAAUAUAAGUACAAGUACUGCAUACUGA